AUGGAUCCUGUCGCCGUCGAGAUCGUUGACGCACCCGACGACCGGUGGUACCUGUGCACCAAGUGCUUUCAACGCUUCCAGUGGGUCGAGCUCUCGUCGCGGCAGCUUCGCUGCCGCCGCUGCCGCCUGGCCGAAAAGGAGUGCGCCAUCUGUGACCAAUUAUUCGAGCCGACGAAUGGCCAGCAGCAGUACUGCCAGCGCUGCGACUACUUUCUGAUGCGGCACGCCUUCGGAAAGCAGCCGCCACCGACGCGGGAGAAGGCCGAGCUGCUGUUGCAGUUGCAGCUCAAGAUUCCCACACGACACAACCCCUCGAUCACCGAGCGUUGGCGGCAGAUCAAGUGUGCGGCCGGCCUCGAGGAUGAUGAGAAUUUGAGUGAUUGA